AUGGGUCUUUUCUUCAACAAACCCGAGCACGUGGACGGGUCUGCUCGACCCGCCAUCUUGAUCGGCGCCUUCGUGGCCUUUGGUGGUGUCUUGUUUGGAUAUGACACUGGAACCAUCGGAGGAAUUCUUGCCAUGAAAUACUGGAGACAGCUCUUCUCUACAGGCUACAUCAAUCCGACCGACGACUUUCCAGACGUCACAGCCGCGCAAACCUCUGAGAUCGUCUCAAUUCUCUCCGCCGGCACUUUCUUCGGUGCCCUCCUCUCUGCGCCGUUGGCUGAUACCAUUGGUCGUCGAUUCGCCAUGAUUUUCAACUCUUUCGUCUUCACGGUCGGCGUCAUCCUACAAACUGCUGCAACUGCGAUCCCGAUGUUUGUAGCAGGCAGAUUCUUCGCCGGCCUCGGCGUUGGUCUUCUCUCGGCAACCAUUCCACUCUAUCAAUCGGAAACGGCACCGAAAUGGAUUCGAGGAGCUAUCGUAGGAACAUAUCAAUGGGCUAUCACAUUCGGGCUUUUGAUCGCAGCGAUCGUGCUGAAUGCAACAAAAAAUCGUCAAGACACCGGCUCUUACCGAAUCCCUGUUGCAGUACAGUUCGCUUUCGCCAUUAUUCUGGUGGUUGGAAUGAUCAUCCUCCCUGAAACACCUCGUUAUCUCAUCAAGAGGGGUAAACUCGACGCUGCUGCCCGAUCUCUGGCUCGUCUUCGUCAACUACCAGUCGAUCAUACUGCUGUCGCCGAGGAACUUGCGGAGAUUGUGGCUAACCACGAAUACGAGCUCGCCGUCGGUAGUGCUUCCUAUCUGGAGCUCUUCCGAAAUGCAAGUAUUCGGAAGCGUCUUCUCACCGGUGUUGGCCUUCAAGCUCUUCAACAGCUGACCGGUGUCAACUUCAUUUUCUAUUACGGCACAUCCUACUUCACUCGUUCCGGCAUCUCCAACCCCUUUGUGGUUUCUAUGAUCACCAACAUCGUAAAUGUUGUGAGCACGGUGCCCGGCUUGAUCCUGGUGGAGAAAUGGGGUCGACGACCUCUUCUGCUUACUGGUGCGAUUGGCAUGAGCGUCUGCCAGCUGAUCGUCGCCAGUGUUGGAACUGCCCUACCUGACGAGUCGUCCGCCAACAAGGCGCUUAUUGCCUUUGUCUGCUUCUACAUCUUUUUCUUCGCCUCCAGCUGGGGACCUUGUGCGUGGGUUGUCACCGGCGAAAUCUUCCCCCUCAAAGCUCGAGCCAAGGGUCUUAGUAUCACCACGUCGUCCAACUGGUUGUUGAACUGGGCAAUCGCCUACUCCACACCAUAUCUUGUCAAUCCAGGACCUGGAAACGCGAACUUGGGCUCCAAGGUAUUUUUCCUGUGGGGAGGCUUCUGCUGCAUUUGCAUGGCCUUUGUUCAUUUCUUCAUCUACGAGACAAAGGGUCUCUCCUUGGAACAGGUCGAUGAGCUGUACGGCAAAGUCUCAAAGGCCUGGAAGUCUAAGGGCUUUGUUCCCACUGUUCAUUUUACCGAAUUGCAAGCCCUUGGAGGCGACGAGGCUCGCAAGCGAAGCUUGGCUGAUCUUGAGAACGUCGCACAGAAGAAAGGGUCUGUCGUUGAGCAUAAAGAUGUAGUUUGA